GGUGGUCAGGCCUUGGAAGGGGCUGCCCAGGGAAUUCCCAUCCCAAGGAACUCCUGGACGUGGCACUCAGUGCUCUGGGUCACAGGUUGGGCUCCGUGGUCUCGCAGCUCUUUUCCAGUCCCAGUGAUCCUGGGGUUCUGUGAUGUUCCCAAAAUGUGCCUUGACCUGAAAUGCUUGGAGCAGGCCCCUGGAUUGCUUCAAAGGGAAGAUUCAGAGGGAAUUCCUUUGUGCUUCUUGGAGAGGCUCCCUAAGCUUUGCUAAUUAAUAAUAAACUCAAAUGUGCAGCUUGCUCCAGGCCUAAGUGAUUUUGGGUGCAGGUGUUGAGCAUUUAUCCAGCAGUGGUGUCAGGCAGAUGCUGUGAAAAAGACACAAAACAACAGCAAAAAAAAAAAAAAUCACUGCUGCCAACACCAUCUUUCCAUGGAGCAAACACUCCUCUGAGCGUUUGUGCCUCCCGAGCUGCUGGGUUAAAUGUGGGAGAAGGAAGAGACAGAGGGCUGGAAAGCAGAGUUGAGUGAAUCCAUGAACAUCUGGAACAGAUCCUGCCUUUCCCACAGUAAAUCCCUGAGUGAUGAGGAGAACCUGAAGCUGUUUGGGAAGUGCAACAAUCCAAAUGGCCACGGACACAACUACAGAGUUGUGGUCACUGUGCGUGGAGAGAUUGACCCAGUCUCAGGGAUGGUGAUGAACCUGACAGACCUGAAGGAAUACAUGCAGGAAGCGAUCAUGGAGCCACUGGACCACAAAAACCUGGACAAGGAUGUGCCCUACUUCUCUGAGGUGGUGAGCACCACAGAGAACGUUGCUGUGUUCAUCUGGGACAACCUCCAGAAGCUGCUGCCCCAGGGAAUCCUUUACAAGGUGGAAGUGCACGAGACAGAGCAGAACGUCGUCGUUUACAAGGGAGAGGAAACCAUUGUGAAGUGAGGUCAGCCUCAGCUCAGCUGCUGGGGAGAAAUGCUCCAAAAUCAUCUCAGUGCAUCCCUUCCUGCAGCCAGCCCUGGGUUCUGUGUUACAUCAGGACAAGUGCAGAUGUUUCACAAGGACCCUCGCAGCAAUUUGCCCAUCUGGGUUCUCAGGAUGGGUUGGUUUCUCUGCUUUUUCUCAAGACCUUCCUGUUUUGCCAAGCUGAGCCACAGAGCUGAUGUAAAAUUUAGAGUUGUGCCGUGGUAAAUAAAGCAGCUUUGGAGAGAGGAGGUGGUCUGGCAAAAUCCCAAAAGCCUUUGCUGCUUUCUCUCCAAAUUAAAUAUUUAAUUUAUGAGCUUUGAUGUUGGUUUGCUCCUUGAUCAAGCAGAGAAGCAUUUUUGAGAGUGAGAGCUACCUUUUUUUUUUUUUUUUUUUUUGCUUCUUAUCAGUUUAUUUCCUGUGCUGCAGGCAUGUUCCUUCCUGUGGCCAGCAGAUCUUUCUAUCUUUCUCUGUGUGUGGAACUGGUGUGAUGGGCAAUAAAAAAAGCACUUCUGAUCCAAACUGAGGAGCCAAAGGGAGCAGGGUGUUGGUGAGAAUGGAAAACUGAGGUGGCAAUGUCACAACCUCAGUGGUGCCAGAGCCCCGGGGAGGGAGUGCAAGAAUAAAUCCUUAAUUCCAAAAUCAACCCCAAAUUCCAGCGGAGGUUAUUGCAGCAGGAUGAG